UCAUCAUUAGUUCCUCACCAUGAGUUAUUGGGGAACUCAAAUCUGAAAAACUGGAUCGCAAGAGAGGGAAGAAUGGGAGAAUGGAGCCGCAGCGUUAUCCCUAUAGUCAGAGGCCUCUGUUUCCUUUACGUUACCAACAAAUACCUCGGCACUACCGUCAUUACUUAUGGUCCCAGCAUGCUCCCAACAUUGUGCAUAACAGGCAACGUGCUGUUGGUGGAACGCAUUUCGACCCGGACCGGCAAACUUCGACCCGGUGACGUUGUGAUCCUACGGUCGCCCGAGGCUCCGAGGAAAGUUGUCUGCAAAAGGCUGAUGGGAAUGGAAGGUGAUCAAGUCACCUACGUCGUCGACCCCAAGAACAGUGAUAGAUGCAAAACUGUCAUUCCUAAAGGGCAUGUUUGGGUAGAAGGAGAUAACAUCUAUAACACAAAUGAUUCGAGGAAUUUCGGAGCUGUUCCUUAUGGCCUUCUCGAAGGCAGGGCUUUUUGGACGUUAUUGCCUCGUAAAGAUUUCGGAACCUUGCCACCUAAACCCAGAUAGUAAUAUACGCCUUAAUCCGGGUUGGCAUUGGAUGUGUUAUCUGCUCAGAGGAUUUUUAUGGGUCUGGUGCACACAACGUGUUUGCCAAAAUGCCUCUGAGAUAGCGUGCGUAGAGUUGAUGUACGUUGUUCGACUGCUCGUAAGGUAGGCCAUUGUAAUUGCUCUUUUAAGUAAA